CCCGACCGUCAGCGGACUCGUUCUCUCUCUCUCUUUCUCUCUUUCUGCGACUCCCUCCCCCUGCUUCCCCCUUCACUCCAUCCUUUUCUCGUUUCAUCUCUCUCGUUUUCUCGUUCGGUUUCUUUCUCUCUCUCUCUUUCUCGCUCUCCUCUUCUCCACCUCCACCGCGAGAGAUCCGCGACGGUACAACCACCACCACCAACAUCAUCGCGAGAACGCUGCCGCUGCCGCCGUCGCCACCACCUCCUUUUCCUCCUCCUCUUCCUCCUCCACCUUCACCUCCUCCUCCUCCUCCUCCUUCCGCUUCUGCGGUCCUCUCGGUCCACGCUCUUCCUUAAUUCAGUCCAAUGAGAGCCGCUCUUCGAUUCGUCACACCCGCCGAUGAAUCUCUCUAUUCCGUCUGUUUUACUCUCUUUCUCUCUCUCUCCCGCUCUCUAUCUUGAUUUCUAUUUCUCUCUUUCUUUCUAUCUCUCUCUCUAUUUCUCUCCCUUCUGAUCCCUCUCUGUUUUCCCCCUCGCGGCAGGGAAGUAGAUCGCCGUCGAUUUCCGAAAAAGCGAGUGUUCCUCUUCGACUACCUGGAGAGACGCGUGCCCGCGCUGUCGAUCUUCGAGCGUGAGCGAGAUCGCGAUCCACGACGCAAGUGCGUCGCGAUGCGUCGCAACGCGGUGUCGUAACGCGCAGCGCGUGCAUCCAGACGGUGCGUGACGGUGCGCGUGCGGUUCGCGUGCGGAAUUUCGGUGCAACCCUUCCCGGAUGGGAGACGCGUGCGCCGGACAGGAAGAGGACCCUCGCGGAUGGAGGAGAGGCUCGUCACACCGCGAGUUUGUUUUGACGACGGGUCACUGUGCACCGCUGCACUUGCCGCGCGAGAUCGCAGUGUCGUAAACACACACGCGCGAGACUCUUAGUGUGUUCUCACGAGGGAGAAAGAGAAACAGAGAGAGAAAGAGAGAGGGAGAGAGAGAGGGAGAGCGUUUGUUUAUCGAGCGAUCGAAACGCGUUCGAACGUCGAGCGCGCGCGCCUGCCGACGAGCGAUCGUCUCGAUCACGAAAAAUACGAAAGUCGCGAAAGCCGAUCGCCGGACUCGAUUCGGAAUUUCGCAGAUUCGCAAGUUCAGAGAACUGAAUUUCGCGAAUCUGUCAAUUCUUCGCGCUUCGUGUCGCAGGUGCGUGUUGUUCCUGAGCGUGUUCGUCGAUCCGGACACUCGAAUCGGAGCGAUCGAUCGGUUAACCAGGACACUGCGCGAAUGCGACCCCAAGACGGCUGCCACGCUGAAAUCGCGAGGGAACGCGCUUCCUAGAGGAUAGAAGGAAGGAUUUCGCCUCGGCGAGGAAACAUGUCCCGCGGCGGUCGCAACGCGAACCGGUUGCGCGCUCUUAAAAUAGUUUCUCACGCGUAGGUAACUGGCGCGCACGCCGCCCCGCCGCUGGAACACGAUGCCGGAGAGUGCCAGCUUCAAGAUGGGCUUUAACGCAUUGGUCAGCGUGACCGUUGUCUACAUUCUGUUUAUGAUUACCGCGACGAAACGGUCAGAAGCGUGCAAUGAGGCAGUCUGUGCAAGUGUUGUGAGCAAGUGUAUGCUCACGCAAAGCUGUAAGUGUGACAUGGACACCUGUACCUGUUGUAAGGAAUGUUUCUCGUGCCUGAGCUACCUGUACGAUGAAUGCUGUUCGUGCGUAGAUCUCUGCCCGAAGCCGAAUAUCACUGAGAACCCGUUGAGCAAGAAGUCACAUGUAGAGGACUUCAACGAGCCGGUGCCAGCACUCUUCCAGGCGCUCACCGCCGAAGAAGAUCCGCUCCAGAGAUGGCGCCACUUCACAUUCCCCGUGGACUAUGACACGUCGCUGUUUCAUUCGAAAAACAAGGAUAUGACUUAUCGCGUGCAGACCAACCUCGACGGAGAAUUGAACGCCCUGAAGCCGAACGUGAUGACAGUCAACUGCACAGUUGCCUUUAUGGCACAGUGCAUUUCUUGGAACAAAUGCAGCGCGUCUUGUCAGAGUAUGGGCGCCACCAGCUACAGGUGGUUCCACGAUGGUUGCUGCGAGUGCAUAGGUGACACGUGCAUCAACUAUGGGGUGAACGAGUCAAGAUGCUUAAAUUGUCCUUUGAAAAAGGACGAGGACGACGACCUGAAGGAUCAGUACGAUGAUUAUGGUCAAGUAGAGGAUGACUUGGUCGAUGACGAAGUUUAGUCAUCACCAACAUUUCCCGUCUCCUCUUCAUGAAGAGAUAGUGUUUCGUGAGUGAUUUUUUUUAUACUGACACGCUGAUCGUAGUUACGGACGUGAUGAUUAAUUUUAAAAAGACUAAUGUUUCUGUUAUUUUUUGUUAUCGUGUACAAGAGUGCCUUUUGAAAGUUACGCUGAAUUUCGUGCAUUUGAGAAUUUUUCCUUCGAGCAAGACAGUAAGUGAUUCUGAAGUAAAAUUCGCCGAUUAAACUAUCAAUAUACACGCUCCAAAAUUCUGCUUUCUGAACUCAGAGACUGAUCAUAACUGAUCGCAGAGCGGUCUCUACGAUCAUUUAGGAGUGAUCUUCAAAGGACGCUCACUCGAAAGCGAAUUUAUUCUUUCCGUUGUCUACGAGCGAUGUUAGUGAUGGCAUAAAAUAAAUCUAAUUAUAAAAAAAAGCUCGAGAAGCGAACGUGAGAGUGUAUAACCGUUAAAGAUAUUUUCAAUAAAUUUUAUCAUAAAGUAA